CACACGAUGUUUGUAGUGCUAUGGCGUACCAGGAAGGGGAGACGCUUGAAUCUUGGCUCAAUAAAGCCACCCAUCCAAAUAACAGGCAAGAGGACUGGGAGUACAUCAUUGGCUUCUGUGACCAGAUCAAUAAGGAAUUAGAAGGGCCCCAGAUAGCUGUAAAGCUGCUUGUCCAUAAAAUCCACUCGCCUCAAGAAUGGGAGGCCCUUCAGGCAUUAACAGUAUUAGAGGCAUGUAUGAAGAACUGCGGGAGAAGAUUUCAUAAUGAAAUAGGAAAAUACCGAUUUCUGAAUGAGCUGAUUAAAGUGGUGUCUCCUAAAUACAUGGGGGACAGUGUGCCAGAGAAGGUGAAGAUGAAGAUCAUUGAGAUGUUAUACAGCUGGACGGUGGUCUUCCCUAAUGAGGCCAAGAUCAGUGAAGCCUACCAGACCCUUAGGAGGCAAGGUCUUGUAACUGCAGACCCAGAUGUGCCAGUGGACAAGACCCUGAUCCCAUCGCCCCCUACACGCCCCAAGAACCCUGUGUUUGAUAAUGAGGACAUGGGCAAGUUGCUUGCAGAGCUUCUAAGGAGCAAGAAUCCAGAGGACCUCCAGGAGGCCAACAGGCUCAUCAAGAACAUGGUGAAGGAGGAUGAUGCCAGAGUGCAGAAGGUCAGCAAGCGCAUACACACCCUGGAGGAGGUCAACAUCAAUGUCAAGCUCCUGAGCGACAUGCUCACGCACUACGACAAGGACAGGUCCUCGGAAUCCGACCGAGAACUCAUCAAGGAACUCUACAACCGCUGUGAUAAACUGAGACGUGCUGCUUUCAAGAUGGCCACUGAGACGGAAGAUAAUGACACAAAUUUAGGAGACAUCCUCCAGGCCAGUGAUGACCUCUCACGGGUAAUCAACUCCUACAAGAAGGUUGUUGACGGUCAGUCAGUCAAUGGGGACUAUGAGGAACCUAAACCUGUUGUUGGUGAUGAGACCACAAGGAGCAGUGACUCCACAGAGACCUUGAUUGACCUGGCUGGCAUCGAUGUUCCCAGCCUCAUUCCUCCUCAGCCUGCCCCUCCCCCACAGCUCUCGGACCCCACCCCGGCCAAUCCCCUGGGUUUUUCCAUCCCGGUCUUGCCUCCUCCACCAAAGAGACUGGCUGGGCUGCAUGCCAGUCAGACCAACAGCCCCAGCCAUUCGGCCACUGACAGGGCCUCCACUGCGCUGUCUCUCCUCGAUGAUGAACUGCUUUGCCUAGGCCUGAAUGAUCCAGCCUCCUCACUUAACAGCCACUCCAAACCAAAGCUAGAUGAACUAUCCAAUCAGUGGACCUCUUUACAGGCCCCUGAGCACGGUGUGGAUCUGUUUGGCAGCAUGUCAGGGUCAGUGUUUUCUCCGGCCCCAGCCCCGCAGACCUCCGCAGGACCACCAGCCCCAGCCUCCAACAGCCUGCAGGACCUGCAGGAUCUGGCCAUGCUGGACUUUGGAGAGCCCAAGAGUUUGCCUGUCCAGAUGAACACUGUCGGUGGGUUUGGGAUGGGAAUGGGCGUGCCAACCUCCAUGGCCGGGCUGGCCCCCUCUGCCUCCCUGCUGCCAGGCACCAUGCCAGGCUCCCCCGCGGUGUCCCAUGCCAAGGCCCAGAUGCUGGGCUCAGCCCCAGGCAGCCCCCUGUUUCGCUCCUUGUCCCCCAUCCACCCCUCCCUCCAGGGGGGCAGCCCAGCCAGAGGGCCUGAGGUGUCCCUGUCCAAUGUGCAUGUUCCCCUGGAGGCCAUCCGACCCAGUAGAGUUUUGCCAGUGACUGCCUAUGACAAGGAUGGGGUGCGUGUGCUGCUCAACUUCGCCUCUGACUGCCCCCCUGGCAGACCUGACGUGCUGGUGCUGGUGGUGUCCACGCUCAACACAGCUCCUCUCCCUGUUCAGAACGUGGUCCUGCAAGCCGCCGUGCCCAAGUCUAUGAAGGUGAAGCUCCUGCCCCCGUCGGAGACAGAGCUGGCCCCCUUCAACCCCAUCCUGCCCCCAGCCUCCAUCACCCAGGUCAUGCUGCUGGCCAACCCACUGAAGGAGAAGGUGCGUCUACGGUACAAGCUGGCGUUCACCCUGGGAGAGCGAAAGUGCACAGAGGUGGGCGAGGUGGACCAGUUCCCCCCUGCCGACACAUGGGGACACCUAUAGCAGAGCCCCCUCACAUCCACCAGAGUGGGACAGGGCAGGUGACACUCCAUGAUGGGGUAUGGUAACCACAUACCUCAGAGAGAAAGAGAGAGGGUGGGAGAGCACUGCUGCAAUGAUAACCGUACAACUACAGUCACUGUCAGCCAACUAUUCUGUAAAAAAAAAGGUUUGUCGUUUUCCAGUUUGAUUUUUGAUCCAUUAACACACAUCUUAAAACGUCUGUGUAAGUCCAUAAAAAAUGUUCUUUGUUUUUAUUAUUAGCGAGAUGAUUUAAGAUGGAGAGGUUCUGCUUAUGGUGUACUGUAAGCUAGCUGCUAAAGAGUCGCAGGAACUACUGUAAUAAGUGAUUCAUUUACUUGAGUUUAGCUCAGCCUCCUGAAUAUAUACUUCAAGCUAUAUAUUUAUGAUGAGAGUAAUGUUUUAAUAUCAAUGGGAAACUAUUUAGUUCAACUGACUACCGACAAAUCAGACAGCAAGUGCUAGCUCCGGUAUUUAGAAAAGCUUGUGUGAUAGGAAAACUAGAAAAAUUGGGUUGAUAUUUUGACAGUGGAUAUCCAGCGAUAAUUCUCAUUACAUGCUUGUGACAUGAUUUAAGUUAACUAAAUUGUGUUUCUUAUACUGUAUUAGUUAUUUGGUUUUCUGGGCCAUAUUUCAAAGUCAAAUAUGACUAUAUUGCAUCUUGUUGGUCAUGCCAUUAUUCUUGGCACCAUAAGGGUAUUUAUAAAUUGGCAACAUUCCUCAUUUUGGCAUGCUGUACUUUAAGAGUACUUGUUUACGUUCCCAGAUUCUCACCAUCUUGUGUUAUCGUGGAGUAUUUGACAGGAAUCACAGAAAGUAAAAUGUGAUUUAGUUUUGUUCCAUUUACUUUUGUCAGUAUUGGAAUUAUGUAUUUUAUUUAUUUUAACAUUUUAGUAUUUCAGUGCAUCACUGAACAACCAAGUUGAAUAUAGAGUGAACUACAAUUACCGGGGUGAAGACAUUUUAAUUA